CGCGUGCGGACGUUGGGAGCGCACACACACAGCAGGCACACACACUCUCACACACACACACACACACACACACACACACAGAGAAAGCACAAGAUGUUAACAGUAAUAUAGCCAAGUAGAUGCCGAAUUAGAAAUGUUUACCAUUUAAGCGGCUCGCGCCUCAUACAAAUACUCGCACGUACAAGCGUGCGCUCUCUCACUCAACAGUUCUCUAACAUUCGCUCGCUCUUUCUCACUCUCUCGCUCUCUGUCGCUCGCUCGUGGUAUUGCUCUCGCGCGCUAAAGUGAAAGUUCUGCCACACAAAAGUGGCAAAGGUCCGUUAUCUGCUCGGCCAGCGCUGGCAAACGGGCAACGCUGACAAUCAGACACACGCGGAACGUUCAGUUGACCGGACGCAUGGCGCUUGACAUGGUCAAGUAGCAACUCUUGAAGUGCUGAACUAUAUUAAAUUCGCCAAUAAAUAAUAAUUCAACAUAAAAUAUCAAAAACAGUGCGCCACCUAAAACGAAUGCUAAGCAUUAAAUAAUUUAUUGUGUUUAAUUUGUUGUUGAGCAGAGAAUUCUUUCGAUUUAAUUUUAAUAAAAAACAAAAAAGAGCUUCAAGAGUCGUGCAUGAAACGCGUUCGUUGCCUAAGUCUUUUGUUUUGCCUGUAGCGGUACAUUUUGUGGUGUGGCGUGCGCGCGCGCGACUCGCGUCUUAGUUUCCAAUUACAACAUCAACAGUUGGUAAUUGUUUUUCGCACUGUCCCCACAUUAAAACCCUCAACUAAGUGGAAAUUGCAGCCGAGACGAACCGUCUAGCCGGAAUAGUGUCCAGUGACGAUCAACGACCGACGACCAACGACCGACGACCGCCGUAGACCAGCGCAAACAUGUUUAUGUGGGUUAUGCCGGCGUCAGCGUUAGCGUCGCGCACAAGCGCGACAACAAGAACAACACCAAUAGCAUCAGCCAAAACGAUAACAACAACAAGAACAAAAACAAAACGGCAACUACUUUCCAACGCUUUAACAACAUUAAUAAUAAUAGGCGCAUUAUUUGUGCAGACAACAAGUGGAUUUAGAUCAUCAAUUGAAACGAACGGCGCUGGACGCAAAUUGUUUGGCGGCUAUCGCAUAACGCCAAAGCACUGUCGCGCCACCAAAACGCUGCCCAGUUCGGAUCCGCGCUCCAAUGGCCCCACCAUAUGCAUGUUCAAUCACGAGUGCGCACAGCGGGGCGGCGAGGUGGUGGGCGCUUGCAUGGAUGGCUUCCUGUUCGGCGCCUGCUGUCAGAUACCGCAGACACACGAGCUGGCCAGCACGCUGAUCAACGAUGCACAGAAUGCCUACUUCCAGCAGCAGCAGCAAAAGCUGCAGCAACAGCAGCAGCAGGCGGCAGCCCAAUCCUCCUAUGAGAACUAUGGCGAGCAGCAGCAGCAGCAGCAGCAGCAGCAGGAACAGCUCAGCGAUGAGCAGCCGGCGCAGGGCAUUUACGAUCAACAGAAUCUGGAUAAGGUAUAUCAGCAGCUGGGCAGCACGGCCAGUCAGGGUCAGAGCGUGCAGACGGAUGAGCUGAGCUUUGCCAGCAGCUCCACGGAGGCGACACACUCUCAAUCGGCCAGCGUAGAGUUCGAACAGGAGGCGGAGAUGCAGCCGAACAAUGAGGCGAUCAGCACCAAUGAGCUGAAGCCGACGGAGCUGCCGCCAGCCAUACAUGUGAACAAGCAUUCGGUGAAGAUAAACACGUUCUCCUCGCCGCCAGGCAAUGAUGACUUUGUGAUGCAGGUGCUGGCAACGCUGCCGCCCGAGCAUAUGGACGAUGUUCUGACAUUCACCACCGAGGUGCCCAACAAGAUAGUUAACGGGCAUUUGGAGCACGGCAGCAGCAGCUCCGAGUCCUCCAGCAGCUUUGAGGAAACACCCGCCACCAAGGCGCCAGCAAGUAUUACCACGCCGAAGCCUAAGCCCCAGCCCAAGCCGAAGCCCCAGCCCAAACCGCAAGCCAAGCCGCCGCCAAAGACUGCGGCGCAGUCAAAGCCUGUGCCCCAGCUGGCCGAGGUGAUGAAGCGACCAGUGCAGCAGGUGAAGCCCAAGCCCAAGCCUGCCCAGCAAUCGAAUAUGCAUCAUCACAAUCAUCUAAUACUGGAUGGCGGCGAGUUUACGCACAGCGACAUCACACAUCCCGGCGCUGAUGCGGAUCUGGUUGAGGAUUUGCAGUUCUCCACGGGCUACGGCCCACAGCCUGUCUACGUGCAGCCUCCACAGCAGCAGCAACAGCAGCAACAGCAGCAGCAGCAACAGCAGCAACAGCAACAGCAUCAACAGCAGGCCUCUUCCCAGAGCUACAUCUCUUCCUCCUCUUCGAGCAGCACACAGCCCAGCGCCUCGGCGGAAGAUAAAUAUAUUCUGGUGCCCACCUACAACAACGAGAAGCGACCUGUUGCGGCACAGAGCAAUCCCACCACAGUCUCCUCGAUAACCACGCACGUGGACUCCAUUGAGUCGAUUAUAUUACAGCUGAACAACAGCAGCCAUGGCCCUAGCUACAACGUGGUCAGUCAGCAGACGCCUUCGUAUGGCUAUGCACCACAGUCAGAGCAAAGCGAGACAUCUGCCACCGUGCAGCCGCCCAGCUACUAUGAGCAUGGUAGCCAGGAGCAGAACGGCGAGGCUACCAAGACACAGCAGCUGGAGCAGCAGCAGCUGGAGCAACAGCAGUUGGAGCAACAGCAGUUGGAGCAGCAGCAGGAUUAUGGAUAUACGACCGCGGCCUAUGACGAGCCCAGCUAUGACAAGGUUUCCGCUGAGCAGGAUGCAACCGCCACGAACAGUCAGUCCGUGGAGCUGCCCACGCCGCGCCCCACCUACAACGAGGAUCAGUCUCAGGUGCUGGACGAGCACACAAUGCCAGCGACUACCUAUCAUGAUGCUAGCUCGCCGCAGGCCCCGCAGACCUCCGAGUUCAAUAAAAUGCCCGUCAUGGGCAUAGCCUAUCCGGUGGACAUGUCCUACAUGGAGGGCGAUUCCAAUCAGGCGGACAAUGAGCCCUCGGGCUAUGGUCAGCUCAGCAGUGGCUCCCUGGAGGGUAACACUGAUGUCAACUUUGAGAAGAUAACGAACAUUUACACGGAAGCGCCGCAGUCUCCCUCGCCCGCCUAUGUACGUCCCUCAACGCCCCAUCGUCCCGUGGCCUCCUACAUUGGCAUGGUGACCAUGCAGCAUUACAAUGACCCCUUGCCCGCCGAAGUGUCUGUCUCCUCGCACACCACCAAGGUGCAGGAGCAGUAUGAUGAAACCUCUGCCGCCUAUCAACAGCAGACCGAGAAGCUAGCCACAGCCAGUCCGGCGCCCACCAGCAGCUAUCUGGCGGCCACAACAACAACGCAAGCGCAGCGCCCGCAAUACGAGAGCUCCUCACUGCGUCCAGUUUUAAUUACAGCCAGCCCCAGGCCACGACCCAAGCCCACGACAAGACGUCCGCCAGCCAAGCAGCCGACGAGCAUUAAGAAGAAGCCAACACAGAGCGAGCAGAACACGAGGAGACCCGUCCAGCAGCAGCCGCCGAGCAGCAGCUACCACACAGAGGCGUCGGAGUCAUCCGUCACGCACACACAGAUUAAGCAGCCGGCGUCCAACUACAACAGUGAGCCGCAACAGUUGGACUCCGGCUAUGGUCAAGCUCCGAGCUCGGGCUAUGAGCAGCCGGCGGCAGCAACUACCAGCUAUGAGGAGUUUUCCUCGGCUGCUUCCGCUGCGGGCUAUGAACAGGCCGCCACACCUACGGCUAGCUACGAUGAUCCCUCCUCGCCAGCUGUCAGCUAUGAUCAGCCUGCUGCGUCAGGCUAUGGCAAACCCGCCCAGCCCAGUCCCAACUACGAGCAGUCCGCGCCAGCGCCUGCGCCCGCGCCUGCACCCGCCACAUAUGAGCAGCCCGCGCCAUCCGUGCUCAGCUACCAUGAGCCGGCGGCCAGCUCGCCCACACGCAAGCCCGUCUCCUCCAAGCCGAUUGCCACCAGCUAUGUGACGGGUCCCACAACGCCUCGUCCGCCAGCCACCGUGGACUAUCACUACGAUAAGGUGCCGCCGCUCUUUAUGGCCGACGAUAAGCUGGAUGCGUUUAUACAGAGCACCGCUGAGAAUAUACUGGGCUCCACGCCGGGCAACUAUCAGCCACCCCUCUAUGCCACCGCCUCGACGCCCAUACACAUUCAACAGCCGACGAGCAGCAGCUAUGGUGGUGGCCACAAGAAGCCCGGCUUUGUGCAGAUCAACAUUACGCCCAAGCCCUCGAAGCCCACUGUGCUGAUCACGCCCAAGCCGUCGAACAUAAAUUUGGCCACGUCGAGCAACUGGGAUAACACAAAAUUGGGUGACAAUACAAACUCCUAUGUCUAUGGACCGAUUGGGACACGACGUCCCGGAAAUACGCCGUCUGUGGUAAGCUCCAACGAUUUUGAGGAUCCGGGUUAUUUUGGCAUGCCAGCCGGUGGUGUCGGCAGCAGUCCGGUGCACUUGACCUUCACACAAUCGACCACAGAAGCGUUGUACGGUGUGCCAUCCGAUGAUAAGCCCGCUUUUCCGGGCUAUUAUGGUCCGACGCCCACAUAUCCGGCAUUCUCGGUGCCCGGCGAGAAGGUUGGCCAGAUUGUCGAGGAAACAUAUACCUCACCGAAUGAUUUUGUCAACUUCCCGCCGGUGCGCAAUCCAAAUCUGAACAUGUCCGCCGCCUCGAGCGCUGUGACCAGCGAUCUGGAGCUAUCCACGCCCGCUUUUGUCGAGGAUAUUGUGCUGAAGGACAAGAUGCACACGCUCGUGCACAAACUGGUGGCCUCAUUGCAGGGCAACUUUGAGGCGCUCGCCGACAUGAUCGACGAGACUAACAAUACGGCCUCCACCUAUUCAUCGGGCGCCGCCAGCACCAACAAUGUCAACCGCAAGACCACACGCAAACCGGUGCGGGUGGCGACCACCUCGAAGCCAAGGGCGACCACAAAGAAGCCCGUGACACGUGUCUCCACCAAGGCGCCCAACAAGAAGACCUCGGCCACCAGCACACGCAAACCGGCCACACGUCGACCCACCUCGGCGGCCAGCAGCACAACGCGUCGUCCCAGCUCGAAGAAGCCAACGAAGCGUGUUAGCACCACGGCCAAGACCACGGCGCGGCCCGAGAACGAUGAAAUUGUCGACGAAGAGGACGAAGAGGAUGUCAAUCCGAGUCCGCAUGAGAACGAAAUCGAACAGGAGACGCUGAGCUCUUACGGUGGUGCAAACGGACGCAAAAUACGUAACACGUCGCGAACACUCCCUACUCCUAACCUCACAUUUCACUCCCCAUCAACAGAAUGCGGCGUACGUCCACAUGUGAAGUCGGGUCGCAUUGUCGGCGGCAAAGGCUCCACUUUCGGCGCCUUUCCCUGGCAGGUCCUGGUACGCGAGUCCACCUGGCUGGGCCUCUUCACCAAGAACAAAUGUGGCGGCGUUCUAAUCACCAGUCGCUAUGUCAUCACCGCCGCACAUUGUCAGCCCGGUUUCUUGGCCUCUUUGGUCGCUGUCAUGGGCGAGUUUGAUAUCUCCGGUGAUCUGGAGAGCAAACGUCCCGUUACCAAGAAUGUCAAGCGCGUCAUUGUCCAUCGCCAAUAUGAUCCGGCCACGUUUGAGAACGAUCUGGCGCUGCUGGAAAUGGACAGUCCCGUGCAGUUCGAUACGCAUAUAGUGCCAAUUUGCAUGCCCAACGAUCUGGCUGACUUCACCGGUCGCAUGGCAACAGUGACCGGCUGGGGGCGUCUCAAGUACGGCGGCGGUGUGCCCUCGGUGCUGCAGGAGGUGCAGGUGCCAAUAAUUGAGAACAGCGUCUGCCAGGAGAUGUUCCACACCGCCGGGCAUAACAAGAAGAUUCUCGGCUCGUUUCUGUGUGCGGGCUAUGCCAACGGGCAGAAGGACUCGUGCGAGGGCGACAGCGGCGGUCCCCUGGUGCUGCAGCGUCCCGACGGACGCUACGAGCUGGCCGGCACCGUGUCGCAUGGCAUCAAGUGUGCGGCGCCGUAUCUGCCGGGCGUCUAUAUGCGCACCACAUUCUACAAGCCCUGGCUGCGCAGCAUAACGGGCGUUAAAUAGACGCCACGCCCACUGCAUCAGAGCGCAACUGUAAAUAGAAAAGUAGGUUUAGAGGACAUUUAAGCGUGGCAAAGCGAGAAAAGACAAAAAACUUAAAAGACAAACGUCACAUUCACAAAACUCAUCCUCCCCCUUGGCAUUAGUUUAAUUGGAGUAUUGCGCUGACAGUUUGACAAGCACUGUGGCUUUCAAACUAGCAACACUUCCAUUGCCUACUUUGAGGCGUUUUCUGCGUUUUAAAAUUAAACUAAUUUCAGAGCGAGCGACGCCCCUCCCCCCUGCACUCACCAAC